CUACUCGACCUGCUCGACUCGUAACUCGGCUCACUCCGUCGCGGAACUUCCUCGCGCGUGUACGUAUUAGUUUAGCCUCCUUGUGACUCAAACUUUACUCGAAAUGCGAAACGCCGCUCGUUGUAAUUUUUCGGCGUUUAAUUAAAAGUAUUCGAUAGAGCGACUUAAUUAACCGUUGCGAAACUAAUCGGACAUUAGCGUGGUUGUUCGGAAACGUUAGUUAACAUCACUGCAGCUCUUUACCAUCCGGAAAUUGAUAAAUCCCGCUAAGUGACAAUUGGUGUGGACGAAUAAAUUUUAAUAUAGUGUUUGCUUUGCCGUGACUGUGGAAUUUGUUUAUUGUGCGAAUAAUUGACUACUGUUUUGGAAAUAUCGUCUGUUUCGUUUAUUUUGUGCAUUUUGUACCCUAAGGAAAAUAUCGAUACUAGAUAAAUGAGUGUUGUGAUGCGUGUGUGACGAGCUCUUCACUACCAUGAUUCGUGACCCCCCGGCCAUGCAUAAACCCGACAACACAAAUAGUCAACAGGAAGAAAGCAAAUAUGGACUUAGCAGUGCCGUCGCGGGUAACACGGGGGGUGCAAGACUCUGCGCACAGUGCGGGAAAGUCAUUACUGAAAGGUUUCUUCUGAAGGCAAUGGAGAGGUUCUGGCAUGAAGACUGUCUCAAAUGUGGUUGUUGUGACUGUCGCCUGGGUGAAGUAGGCUCCAAAUUAUAUUACAAAGCUGACCUCAUGCUCUGUAAGAGGGAUUAUCUUAGGUUAUUCGGUGCCACAGGCAAUUGUGUGGCGUGCAACAAAGUCAUUCCCGCCUUCGAAAUGGUUAUGCGAGCUAAGAGUUUCGUUUACCACUUAGAAUGUUUUGCCUGUCAACAGUGCAAUCACAGGUUCUGCGUAGGCGAUAGAUUCUAUUUGUGUGACAACAAAAUACUUUGCGAGUAUGACUACGAGGAAAGACUAGUAUUUGCAAGUAUGGCAGCAAACCCCAGUGGACUAGCGCAUAUUCGAAGACAAGUCAGUGGUUUACAGUCGCCUAGCGGCGGGUACGUUGGCGGAGUUGCGGGCUGUGGGGCCGGUGCGCCGGCGGGUGUUGCGCUUGUAGAAAAGGACGGCGGUGGAUGUGCAGCCGCUGAUGAUGCAUCCAGCGGUUACGGGAGCCCGCCUGACCCCGAUGUGUGCGAUGCCGCGCGAUGACCGACAAUGCCCCGCCGACUUCUCGCCUCGGUGAAACCCCACUGAGUGUUGGCGAGACGCUUCAGCCGCAUGCAGACAGUUCCGAAGCGGGGCACAUCUCUGGCAAGCGGCGGACGUCUCUACACACGCGAACGGUAGAGUGGCGCACCAUAUCCGCAUCUUUAUAAUUUAGCCACCACUAAACGUUUAAUAUCUAUAGAAAUAGUUAUGUUGUUUCAUUUACCUAUUGUUUUAAUUCACUGGCGUGUCAUUGAUUAUGAAAAUAUUAUUUUAAGGAAUCUCUGAUGUAAUUAAUAAUAUUGCUAUCUGAAUUGUUACGUUACGUAGUGCAGAGCAGGCUAAGUGCAGAAUUUGUUUCAUCGCCAGGAGCCGUCUCGGCGAGCGCGUAUUUUACAAGCGCCAUAAGAGAGUACAUUAGGCUUAAAAGCGAGCCAGGGAUAUGUGGCCACUUUACAAAGCGUCCGGGAUGAGUCGCGAUAACGUUGUCAGAACACGAUAUUUCCAUUAUGUAUACGAUUUGAGCACUUGUUUACAUGUUAAGAUAGCGGCGUCGCGUGGGUAGGACGCGCGUUCUCGCUUGUACUGUAUGGUACCAUGUCUUGCGCUUAGCCAAUUUAGCCAACCUCGUAUUCAUCAAUGAUUGAAAUAUCGAAGAUACCGACAUGCGUUUCAAACAGUAGUUGUGUUAUUUUUUAUUAAAUAUAUGCACAAGUACAGUCGCCUACACUAACAUGUAAACACUUCAGAGCCUUUUCACAAUAGUUGUAACAUAUUUAGAAAUAUUAUUAAUUUCAGUGGUAAAGUACUAAGUGUUUACAUUUCGGUGUACGUAACUGUACAAGGUAAUUGUAUCUUGUACAUGGUUACGACGUUUUAUUAUUAAGAGGACCCUUUCCAUAAGACUGUCAACGUUUAAAUUGGUAAUAUUUUAAAUAUUAUUAAAUGAUUUUGAAUGUAUUACAACAUUUUAAUAUAAUAUAUCGAAAAUUGAAUAGUGAAAAUCAGUAUACGCAUGUUAAUAAUACAAACACACAUUCACCAUUAUAUUACAUAAUCUCUACCUAGAGUUUAUAUAUAUUAAGUAUAGACAUGCACAAUGGGCAUAGGUAAGUUGCAAAAACGAAUAAAGUUACAGAAAAUAAACAGCUACAACCACAUGUAAGAGAAUAUUAUAUACUAUAACUAACGAGCUAACGUACGAAUAUAGUAAUAUAUAAUAUCAAAAUCUCGUCCCACAAUAAUAUGGAAAUAUUGGUUCUGUAUCAAACUUUAACUAUGAAUAACCUACCCAAACUAUUAUAGACCAAGUUUUUUUUUAUCAUAUGUAAUUAUUUUAUUUUAUUUCGAAUAUGUGAAUAGUUUGUAUACGCUGUCAGUCUUAAGAGAAUCGCCCUCUUAAUGAAUGGUAUUAUAUUUAAAAAAUAUAAAACAGAAGUAUACUUUUUGUGACUGCCUACUUACAAAUUUAUAUCGAUUCAGGUCCAGACCCUAAAAUGUAAUUAAUUAAAACGAUCUCAUUGUUAUGGAAUUGUGUACAUUUAGAAACUUAAACAUUGUUAUCAUACAAGGUAUGAAGUUUAUUGAGCAUAAUUUCUUUCUUUUAUUUUUUUUGAUCGGUUAUAUACCUAUAAUGAUGUUAUUUUUUUACCAAAGAUAAGUUUCCGUUAAAAGAAUUUUAAUUAUAGACUAAACGAGUGAGCUCCGAUUAUAAUAGAAUAAGAGCCCCUACACAUUUCCGGCUUAGCCCUGACGGCUCGUGUCGACGACGCCGUUUGAGUGGCGCGGGCGCAUUGGUAAUGUGCCAAUCAAACGACGUUACCAGUACGGGUCGUCGGAGUUGACCUUAAUAAUCUGAGCACAGAUUAAUAGUGAUAUCUUUCGUACUCAGAAGUGGUACAACGGUUAGAUAAGUACCUCCAUGUAAAGGUUAAUCUGUUUAAGAUAUUUUGUAAUUUUGUGUUAUUAUUUCUGCCGCAGCUUCAGUGAAUGUUGUUCGCGCCUGUAUUUGUAAAGUUAUCAUUAUCAGUUAAAAAUUCGCUAAACACUAUGUUGAUUGGAUAAAGAAACAGUCUAUUUAAAAUGCUAAUGUUUUCUAAGAUCUAUAAAAUAAAUAUGUAUAAAUUAAAGAUUUUUACGAUAAAAAGAUGUAUUUAUGUAAAAAAUUUGAACUGUCGUUAAUUAGAAUAUUGGUUAGAAUAAAAUAUCAACGUCUAAUACAUACAUUUGAUAAGAAAACACAAUAAAAUAAUUCGAACUUUCAUAAACAUCGACAGAUUAUUUCAUUUUGCCGUUACUAUGUAAAUAAAUAUAUUUAUUUAAUGAUUA